AUGUUCGAGUAUCACGAUGCUCCUAUAGGAGGACAUCGUGGCCGGGAGAAAACAUAUCUCACGGUGAGUCGAGACUUUUACUGGCCCCGCCAGUAUCAGUUUGUGCGAAAGUAUGUUCGCGCAUGCGAAGUCUGUCAACGAGUGAAGUCAAGUCCUUCACUGCGUGCACCUUUACAGCCUCUACCGGUUCCGGCUGAGUGCUGGGAAUCCAUCUCAAUGGAUUUCGUCUUUGGGUUACCCAAAGACGCACGCGGGAAUACGGGUAUCCUCGUAUUUGUUGACAGAUUCAGCAAAAUGGUACACCUUGUGGCUGUACCAGAGACAAUCACGGCAAGUGGCUGUGCUUGUGUCUUUAUUGACACCAUCUUCCGACUUCAUGGGUUGCCCCGUGAACUCGUAUCAGACAGAGAUCCACGAUUCACUGCUGAUUUCUGGCGUUCCGUGUUCAAAUCACUCGGAACGCGCUUGAAGAUGUCUACACCUGAUCAUCCAGAGUCAGAUGGUCAGACGGAACGUGCCAAUCGUGUCCUUGAAGAGAUACUUCGAGGAUACGUACACUCCUUUAAGAGUUGGAGUGAUUUUUUGCCAAUGGUAGAGUUUGCCAUCAACAACUCGGUGCAUGCGUCCACGACACAUACACCGUUUUACGUGAAUGGCUUGCGCCAUCCGCGUGUACCCACCUUACUAGAGUUUAACUCUGGUUUAAGGGGGGGAGGGACUCGCGCGAGCAAAAACCGAAUUGGUUCACGCUCAUCACGCUCUGACGAAGAAGUCAUUGCGUUUGAUGCCGAUAUCGAUAAUAUCGAUAUCGAAGAAGAUGAUGCCAGUGAGAGUGCGGAAGCCCUCACUGAAGAAGAUGAUCCCAGUGAGAGUGCGGAAGCCCUCACUGAAGAAAAGGUUGAUGUUGCUGCAGUGCGCUCACAGCACACUGAAGCUAACGAGUCAUCAGAUGAGUUCAUACUGGCUCGUGAAACGGUAGUCCGUUUUGUGCAAGACUCCAUCGCCGAAGCGGUGGAUAAGCAAAAGAAAAACGCUGACAAGAAUGGAAGGGCAAACACUCUUUUAUUUAAUAAAGGUGACUUAGUCCUACUGUCUACGGUUAAUAUAACAAAGCAUCUAGUGACUAGCUUGGGUGGCAGUAAACUACUACCCAAGUACAUCGGCCCUUUUCGUGUAUUGCACCGCCUAGGCAACGCAUAA